GUUACAGAUCAUCCUCCCCGUUCAAUUCACACACCAACCAUGAGGACAGCGUAUAUUGGAUCGGGACUCUCUGCACCAAAGCCUAAAGCCCACCAGUUUGUAGUGAAAUCAUUUAAUACACCAACAAAAUGCAAUCAAUGCACAUCUCUGAUGGUCGGUUUAAUACGACAGGGCUGUACUUGUGAAGUAUGUGGAUUCUCUUGCCAUGUGACCUGUGCAGACAAGGCUCCUGCAGUAUGUCCAAUCCCUCCCGACCAAACUAAGGGACCUUUGGGAAUAGAUCCACAGAAAGGCAUAGGAACAGCUUAUGAAGGACAUGUCCGAGUACCAAAACCAGCUGGAGUAAAGAAAGGUUGGCAGAGAGCUCUGGCAGUGAUCUGUGAUUUUAAACUCUUCCUCUAUGAUGUAGCAGAAGGAAAAGCAUCCCAGCCCAGCGUGGUAGUGAGUCAGGUCAUAGACAUGAGGGAUGAAGAAUUCUCAGUGAGUUCUGUCUUGGCCUCAGAUGUCAUCCAUGCAAAUCGAAAAGAUAUCCCCUGUAUCUUUAGGGUUACAGCUUCCCAGCUCUCUGCAUCCAGUAAUAAGUGUUCAAUCCUGAUUCUAGCAGACGGUGAGAAUGAAAAGAGCAAGUGGGUAGGAGUGCUGAAUGAAUUGCAUAGGAUCUUGAAGAAGAACAAACUCAAAGACCGCUCAGUCUAUGUUCCCAAAGAAGCUUAUGACAGCACCUUACCCCUCAUCAAAACAACACAGUCAGCAGCAAUCAUAGACCAUGAAAGAAUAGCUCUGGGGAAUGAAGAAGGGUUGUUCGUUGUACAUGUCACCAAAGACGAGAUUAUCCGUGUUGGUGACAAUAAGAAGGUUCAUCAGAUCGAGCUUAUCCCAAGUGAACAGCUCAUUGCAGUGAUCUCAGGACGGAACCGUCACGUGCGCCUUUUCCCUAUGGCUGCCCUGGAUGGAAGGGAGACUGAGUUCUAUAAGCUGGCAGAGACAAAAGGCUGUCAGUCAAUAGUUUCUGGACAUGUGCGUCAUGGAGCUCUUACCUGCCUAUGUGUGGCUAUGAAAAGGCAGGUCCUCUGUUAUGAACUAAAUCAGAGUAAGACACGUCACAAAAAGAUGAAGGAGAUCCAAGUCCAGGGCAAUGUCCAGUGGAUGUCAAUCUUCAGUGAUCGUCUUUGUGUGGGCUACCAGUCAGGUUUCCUAAAAUACCCCCUUCACGGAGAAGGCAGCCCAUACAGUCUGCUCCAUCCAGAUGACCACACACUCUCAUUUAUCUCGCAGCAGCCAACUGAUGCCAUCUGUGCAGUCGAAAUCUCAAAUAAAGAGUACCUGCUGUGUUUUAGCAGCGUAGGGGUUUACGUUGACUGCCAGGGCCGAAGAUCCAGACAACAAGAGUUGAUGUGGCCUGCAACUCCAUCUUCUUGCUGUUACAAUGCACCAUACCUCUCUGUGUACAGUGAAAAUGCAAUUGAUAUCUUCGACGUGAACUCCAUGGAGUGGAUUCAGACUAUUCCUCUCAAAAAGGUACGACCCUUGAAUACAGAAGGAUCACUAAACCUUUUAGGCCUGGAGACAGUUAGAUUAAUAUAUUUCAAAAACAAAAUGGCAGAGGGCGAUGAACUGGUAGUUCCCGAGACAUCAGAUAACAGCCGGAAGCAAAUGGUCCGAAACAUCAACAACAAGCGCCGCUAUUCAUUCAGAGUACCAGAGGAGGAGAGGAUGCAGCAGAGGAGGGAGAUGCUACGUGAUCCAGAAAUGAGAAAUAAAUUAAUUUCUAACCCAACUAAUUUUAACCACAUAGCACAUAUGGGUCCAGGAGACGGUAUCCAGAUUCUCAAAGACCUUCCAAUGCCACAGCAAGGGCGGCAGGCCCCUGUGACACCAUGUAAGGAAGGUGCUCAGAGGACUGGGGGUGACAAUCAGCGUUCCCCUUAUCAAUUCCCUCAUCAUCACUCCCGUCUGAUCUCCUCUCCGAGCAACUUUGAGCACAUCUACCACAUGACUGUUAAUUCAGCCGAAAAAUUCCUCUCUUACGAUUCCAUAAACCCUGCAUUUUCCCCGCCUCCACGCUCUGUCCUCGGUACUCCAGACUUUAUGACUCGGAGGAAUCUUCGGCCUCAGGAAAGCCGGACCGUGUUCAGUGGCUCUGUCAGCAUCCCAUCUAUCACCAAAUCCCGCCCGGAACCAGGACGAUCGAUGAGCGCGAGCAGUGGGUUAGCAGCACGAUCGUCUGCACAAAACGGCAGUGCUCUGCGGAGGGAAUUCUCAGGAGGUAGCUAUGGAGCAAAGCGUCAGCCUAUGGCAUCACCCUCGGAUGGUUCCUUAUCCUCGGGAGGGCUGGAACAAGGCAGCGAUGCACCAACAAGGGACUAUGAGCGAGAGGACUCUGACUCUCCGAGACACUCUACUGCAUCGAACAGCUCCAACCUCAGCAGCCCUCCCAGCCCCGUUUCUCCUCACAAGACCAAGAGCCUCUCCCUGGAGAGCUCUGACCACGUGAGUUGGGACUCAUGAACUGCUUCAGCAUUCAGAUUUGACAUCACAGCAGCUUGCUGUCCCCAUGGCUGUCCCCUUCACUUGUUCCAGUUCUCGCCUUCAUCAUCCUAACCCUCCCCAUUCCCUGUCUGAAAGUGAUCUGGGAGUGGGGUACAGAGGAAGGUAAAAGCUGGUCGUCUUCAGCACCGUUCAGCACUGCCUCACCCUCCCUUCCCCAGAUUUGACAGCAGCAAACGAGCAAAGCUAGGGUGUUGGUAAAUAUCAGAUGCUGUAGAUUUGUAUUAGUAUUGGUUUCCUUUUUGUGGUUACAGCUGCUUCAUUUUUAAAGAUAUAUUUAUCCCACCCCCUUUCCACUUCCCAAAAAGUAGCUUAAGUAGACCAGACCAGUAUCAACAAGAGAAAAUUCAGAGGGAUUUUGUUUUCAUGCAGUAGCUCAUUGUACUGUACAAAAGUAGCACAGAGACCCCUUCCCCUGCAUGGGGAAUGAUCAGUAUGUCAGAGGCACAUAAAAGCUUUCAGCCACCACGUUUGAAUGUCAAUCUGAUUGUCGCCAGCAAAUCCUUAUUGAUUAAAAUGAUGCAUAUUUUACUACAGUACAGAGUUUAAAUAAAUAGGCAGAUGUUAGA